AUGACGGACAGUGCGGUUGUUGUUGAAGUUACUGCUCCAGAUAAUCCAAACUCGCCAAAGAAACAAAACGAAGAUACAAUUUGGGCGGAUUUCGGGCUUGAGGAUAGUAUUCAUGAGGUAAGUGGGUUUCAAUACUUAAAAAAACUUUCUAUUUGUUGUUAUUUUCAUAUUGUCACAUUUUUCGAAAACAAUAUAAUUUAAUUUUUAGCUGACAAUUAUCUUCUUAGUGUUAUUGUUCUUUUGCCAUAUCAUGUUCUCGUCAGAAUUCUACUGCGUAUCUGCUACCACCUUCAUUCUACCAUUGCUUAUCUUACUCGGUAUUAUUUUCUACGCUUGGUCCAAUGGAGGCAAGGCAGCGUUGAUUUAUAACUUGUUGGUGGUUUUUUUUGAUCAAUGUGUGUACCUUCUACGAAGCAGAUAACCUUGUAAAUAGAACUGAAUUCUGUAGAAAGUAAGUUAUGCUUUGGUUUACUUGGGGCUUAUAUUGUAAAUAGCUGCUUUUAAAUCACUGUAGAUUAGUUAAUUAAGGUGAAUUAUAAUUAAAUAAGGUGAAGUAGAGUAUAGAAAGCAUAGUAACGUAAAUUAGGAUAGUCCUUUUACAUAUUGCAUAUACCGGCGCAAGAUAAGUCAUGAUUUGAUGUAUAUACAGUAGGGGGAGGGGAUUCUUUUUGUCAUUCUCCCCCUCCCCCUCCCACCCAAGAACACUAGUACAAUAGAAAGUGAAAUUGUUAAUUUCAGAACCUCGGGCUGCUUUCUGGCGACUGUUGGAACUCUCUCUUCACUAAUCACUGUACUUGCCUAUGUAACCAUAAUCUCACUUGUGGUCAAUAUUCUCAGCGACAAUGGUCGUGGCGUUUCUCCUUGUAGACUACUGACCAUCCUUUUCAUAUAUGCAAGUGUAGCUAUGUUUACCGCGACUCCGAUUUCCAGAUAUGUCGAUUCUCGUAAACUUUCCUUGUGUGACGCUCAAUUUCUGGCAUUGUUUGGAAGAAUGGUUGCUGCUGUGGUGUACUAGUAUCUGGGGAAUCAACGAUAAGAAUGGCACUGAAGGAAUGACGUUGAGGAUUGUGUGCUAA